UUGAUGAUACUUCAGCGAUGCGGAGAUGAUUACAGACAUUUGUCAGCCUACACAAUUAUAGACACAAUAUAAUUCGUCACCCACCCUAGGCUACGUAUUCAGGAGAAGGAAGAAGAGUAGACUAGGGACUCUACUUCAUACUCAUAUCAGAAAGAGAAGAGCACCACCACCAUGUCAUCUUCCUUCUCAGACACACUCCAGUUCCGUUUCUCCAGCCCCGCCCACGAUGACUCCAUCCUGCAGAAGAUGAGCCAGCUGAGAGAGGAUCGACGCUUCUGUGACGUCACCCUCGUCCUCGGAUCGGGGUCGUUCCGCUUCCCGGGUCACCGGGUGGUCCUGGCGGCCUCCUCUGCCUUCCUCCGGGACCAGUUCCUGCUGCACGAGGGGAGCCGGGAGCUGCUGGUGACCGUGGUGCCCAGUGCGGAGGUGGGCCGUCGGCUGCUCCUGUCCUGCUACACAGGCCACCUGGAGGUCCCUCUGAGGGAACUGGUCAGCUACCUGACGGCAGCGAGCGCACUGCAGAUGAGCCACGUGGUGGAGAGGUGUGCCCAGGCCAUCUCUCAGUACCUGGACCCCACCCUGGCCCACCUGAAGCGGGAGAGGAGCCCAGAGACUGAGGGGACCCCUCCACCACCACCAGACAGCGUUAAACGCCAACCCAGCUCAGCAUGUCUGGACGAGGGGGAGAUGGAGGGGGAGACCCAAGAGGACCCAGAGGACAGGGACCACAGCCUGGACUCAGAAGACACUCUGGACAGUGUCCACAUGGUACACACUAACAGCCCGUACCCUUACAGCCCGUACCCUUACCCGACGGGCGCCCACAGACGCAAGCAGCGCCCGCCCACGCCAUGCAGAGAGUACAGGAAGAGGACCUUCUCUCCAGCAGGAAGUCCUGCCCACAGCAGGUCAGGACUGGCUGACAGCUCCCAGGAUCAGGAAGUGGGCGGGGACUCUGGAGAGGACAUAUACAUGCUUGCUGCUCGUCACAUGCAGGGGGUUGGGGGCGGGUCUCCCGAGUCCUCCUUCGGGGUUCUGACGGGGGCAGAGUUUUCGGGACUGGGAUCGGAGAUCCUCCUACAGAGACCCUACCUGUGCAGGAAGUGUGACCGAGUGUUCCACCACCUGGACAGCUAUGUGGGACACAUAAAGGAACACAAGCUCUACCCGUGUCUUCUCUGUGGGAAGAGCUUCAGCCAGAAGAGCAACCUGACCCGACACAUCAGGGUUCACACAGGGGUCAAGCCCUUCCAGUGCCCGCUUUGCCACAAGACCUUUUCCCAGAAGGCCACGCUGCAAGACCACCUUAACCUCCACACAGGGGACAAGCCACACAAGUGCAACUACUGCGCCAUCCACUUCGCACACAAACCAGGCCUCCGGCGCCACCUCAAGGACAUCCACGGCAAGAGCAGCCUGCAGAAUAUGUUUGAGGAGGUGGUGUGAGCCUGGGAGCUGCUGGACUACUGCAGCAAGAGACUUCUGAGUUAAGCAUACCAGUGCCUAAAUUAAAACGACAAAGAAUUAGAACUACAAAGAAUUAAAACAAAAAAGAAUUACAACCACAAAGAAUUACAACUUUAAAGACAAAGAGGAAACUAGUGUAAAUGAAUUGCACUCAAUGUGU